UGGGGCGAUAACGCCCCCGCUCCGCGCUCUGCGCUCCAGACAGCUGCGAGCUGGAGUAGGAAGGUUCAGGCGGUGGCUGAGAGCGCGCUGGAGGCUGGAGGGCCAGGAGGCGAGAAGCUUCCCGCACGGGGGCGCUGUCACCUGCCUGUGGGAGGAGCCAGAGAGGGACCUGGCUCUGCUGCUCUGAAGCACCAGAGUCGGGAGAACCCAUCCAGACAUGAAGAGCGCCAAAGGUAUUGAGAACUUGGCUUUCGUCCCCUCCAGCCCAGACAUCCUGCGCCGCUUGUCUGCGUCCCCCUCCCAAGUCGAAGUCUCUGCCUUGUCCUCUGACCCCCAGAGAGAGAAUUCUCAGCCACAGGAGCUUCAGAAGCCCCAGGAGCCCCAGAAGUCACCAGAGCCAUCUCUGCCUUCAGCCCCUCCCAAUGUCUCCGAAGAGAAGCUCCGGUCACUGUCGCUGUCCGAUUUUGAGGAGGGGCCUUACGGCUGGAGGAACUUCCAUCCUCAAUGUCUCCAGCGCUGCAACACACCUGGAGGCUUUCUGCUUCACUACUGCCUCUUGGCCGUCACACAAGGUAUUGUAGUUAAUGGCCUAGUAAAUAUUAGCAUUUCCACUAUUGAGAAGCGUUAUGAAAUGAAGAGUUCCCUGACUGGCCUGAUUUCAUCAAGCUACGAUAUUUCAUUCUGUUUGUUGUCUUUAUUUGUAUCAUUCUUCGGUGAAAGAGGACAUAAGCCAAGAUGGCUUGCAUUUGCAGCCUUUAUGAUUGGACUGGGAGCACUUGUAUUCUCAUUGCCACAAUUUUUCAGUGGAGAAUAUAAAUUGGGGUCUCUUUUUGAAGACACUUGUGUAACAACAAGGAAUAGCACCAGUUGUACGUCUUCAGCUUCUUCACUUUCUAAUUACUUGUAUGUCUUCAUCUUGGGACAACUAUUGCUGGGGGCAGGAGGAACUCCUCUUUAUACUCUGGGAACAGCCUUUCUUGAUGAUUCUGUGCCCACACACAAGUCUUCUCUCUAUAUAGGAACUGGUUAUGCUAUGUCAAUCUUAGGCCCUGCUAUUGGCUAUGUAUUGGGAGGACAACUGCUAACUAUAUACGUUGAUGUUGCUAUGGGAGAAAGCACUGAUAUCACUGAGGAUGAUCCGCGAUGGUUGGGAGCUUGGUGGAUUGGGUUUCUUCUAUCAUGGAUCUUUGCUUGGUCUUUAAUAAUACCUUUUUCUUGCUUUCCAAAACAUUUACCAGGUACAGCAGAAAUUCAAGCUGGAAAAACUUCCCAGGCUCAUCAGAGUAACAGUAAUGCAGAUGCAAAAUUUGGAAAAAGUAUUAAAGAUUUUCCAGCUGCUUUAAAGAAUUUGAUGAAGAAUGCUGUCUUUAUGUGUUUAGUUCUAUCAACUUCUUCAGAAGCCUUAAUUACUACUGGAUUUGCUACAUUUUUACCUAAAUUUAUAGAAAAUCAAUUCGGAUUGACAUCCAGCUUCGCAGCUACUCUUGGAGGGGCUGUUUUAAUUCCUGGAGCUGCUCUCGGUCAAAUUUUAGGUGGCUUCCUUGUUUCAAAAUUCAAAAUGACAUGUAAAAACACAAUGAAGUUUGCAUUGUUCACAUCUGGAGUUGCACUUACGCUGAGUUUUGUAUUUAUUUAUGCCAAAUGUGGAAAUGAGCCGUUUGCUGGUGUAUCUGAAUCAUAUAAUGGGACUGGAGAAUUGGGAAACUUGAUAGCCCCUUGUAAUGCCAAUUGUAACUGUUUGCGAUCAUAUUAUUAUCCUGUCUGUGGAGAUGGAGUCCAAUAUUUUUCUCCCUGCUUUGCAGGCUGUUCAAACUCAGUUGCACACAGGAAGCCAAAGGUAUAUUACAACUGUUCCUGUAUUGAAAGGAAAACAGAAACAACAUCCACUGCAGAAACUUUUGGUUUUGAAGCUAAAGCUGGAAAAUGUGAAACUCAUUGUGCGAAACUGCCCAUAUUCCUUUGCAUUUUCUUUAUUGUAAUUAUUUUUACCUUUAUGGCUGGUACUCCUAUAACUGUGUCUAUCCUAAGGUGUGUUAAUCACAGACAACGGUCCCUAGCCUUGGGAAUACAAUUUAUGGUCCUUCGAUUAUUAGGAACAAUACCUGGACCAAUUAUAUUUGGUUUCACAAUAGACAGCACAUGUAUUCUUUGGGAUAUAAAUGAUUGUGGAAUUAAAGGAGCUUGCCGGAUUUAUGAUAACAUCAAGAUGGCCCAUAUGCUAGUAGCCAUAAGUGUUACUUGUAAAGUUAUCACCAUGUUCUUCAAUGGAUUUGCAAUCUUUUUGUAUAAACCACCUCCAUCAGCCACAGAUGUGUCAUUUCAUAAAGAGAAUGCAGUUGUGACUAAUGUUUUAGCAGAACAGGAUCUCAACAAAAUAGUAAAAGAAGGGUGAAAUGGGAAAAGAGAAGACUGUUUUACACCUGGAAAAUUUACCUCGAUUUUUAAGAACACACAUUGCCUGGCAGCAUUAUCUAUCCAAUAUGGACAAUCAUAUUUACAAAAUGGAUGUUUUUAUAAUCAAAUGUAUUUUUUUACAUAUAUAGUUUUUGUUUUAUGCAAGAAACAGACUUGUGCCUUCAAAGCCCACGUAAAGCCUCAAAACACAGCACACACACACACGAGCACACACACACACACGAACACACACACACACUUAUUUCCCAUUCCCAUUGUCUAGAUAUGAAAUCCUCAAGCAAUAACAAGAAAAAAUGCCCACAAUUAGAAAAAUUUGCACUUAAAAAAAAAUGUUUCUAUCCCCAUUACAACAUGUUUAAUUUUAAUUUUCACUGCUAAUAUUUUGAGCUUAGAACAUUUAUGGUAUAAAAAUUUAAACUAAUCAAAGUUGUGUGAUGAUUUCCAGGAAUUAUUAUUGAAAGCCUAUGAAUUUAAAACCAGGUUUACCAUGUAAUUUGUUUUUAAAUUUAUGUAUACUAGCCUGGCCUUUCUCCAAGCAAAUUACUGAACUAUUAGAAUAUGUUAGUUAUCAUCGUUGUGUCCUAGUAUAUGGUGAAUACAAAAAUAUCAGCAUUGUAUACACAUAUUUUCACUUUAACUCAAGAAUUCCAGGAGGUAAAUUGUUGAUAUUACAAUUUUUAACACAUUUAUGAUUCUGUGAUAGUAUUAUUCAAUUACAUAUAUUUAAGAGGAAAGUACCAGUCAGUAAAGACAAAUGCCAACUAAACAUGAAACUAUUGAUCAAUACUUAUAUACCUUUAAUUUUUCUUAUUUGAAAAGCCAAUCACUUAACACAUUACUCAUAGCACCUAAAACAGUGCCUUGUAUAGUGUAGUCAUCUAUUACUGUUUAAUUAAAAUAUUAAACCCUACCCUUUAACUCAGCAGUCCCCAACCUUUUUUGCAUCAGGGACCAUUUUUGUGGAAGACAAUUUUUCCAUGGGGGAAGAGGGUAUGGUUUUGAGAUGAAACUGCUCCACCUCAGACCAUUAGGCAUUAGUUAGAUUCUCGUAAGAAGAGUGCAACCUAGAUCCCUUGCAUGUGCAGUUCCCAGUGGGGUUUGCACUCCUAUGAGAAUCUAAUGCUACUACUGAUCUGAUAAGAGGCGGAGCUCAGGCAGUAAUGCUCACUCAACCUGCCUCUCAGCUCACCAACUGUGUGGCCCGAUUCCUAACAGGCCACACACAGCCCAGGGCUGGGGACCCCUGCUUUAACUGAUGCAUUGAUUUGAUAAAGUAUUUUACAAGCCUGAUAAUGUUAUAACCCUAUUUAUUCAGGUCAGAUUUAUGCCAACUUUGCUGAGAAUAUGGAGGGUAUAGAUGAGUGAACAUGAACAACCAUAACUUCUACCAUGGUUAAGAAUUUUACUUAAGAAAAGUAUUGAAGUUCAAAUCCAGAUAGUAUUACAUUUGAAAUUUUUAUAAGGGUUAUUAAUUUAAUAAAAUUCAUCAUCAGGUUUCCCCAUAAGCUUUCUCCUAGGUUAGUUUUCCACAAGCAUUGUUUUAUAUACACUGUAAUCAGGAUAACACAAGCUUAGUGUUAGAUCUUGUAGGGAACCAAGAUUAGAAACAUUAGAAAUUUGCAGAAUUUAAGAAAUUACGUUUUGUGGUAAUCUAUGGCCAACGAUGAUAGAACCUAGUGCAAUUGUAAAGUGAAAUUCAAGGAGAAGGAAUGAGGAGUUAAGGAAGCAGCACACUUGAAUAUUAGAGAAGGAGAGGAGCUGUGGGUCAGGAAUCAGAGAGACCUGCUAAAACCAGACAGACAUAAACACCAAAGACGGAAGCCAAAUAGGUAGCCAAAAAUCCAGAUAUUUGAGAAGCAGGAAAUUUAUAGCAACCAAAGAAAUAGGGCAAGAUAGGCAGAUGAACACACAUGAUACCUCAAUUGACAAUCUUCCUCCCACCAAGCCAGACACGUUGUAAAUGCUGCUUCCUAUUGGAGCCCAGAAAAAAGGAAAGUUUAGGCUUUCUGUGUCCUUUGUGUGGAAGCAGGGAAUUGGAUUGAAGACUUUCAUAGUUGUAACAUAAAGGCAAAUCCUGAGGAACUCACUGAUAGAGAUGUGAAAUGGCAGUAAGGAAGAAAACAGAAUAACUAUACAAAUAUAUUAGUCUAGGGCCACUUAAUUUAGAGGAAGAAAAAAAAAUCACCCCAUCCAUAGAAAUAGUUUGAUAAACAGGUCACUAAAUAAUUGGCAUUUAUAAAGAUUCUUAGUUAUCAAGGGCUGCAUUGUAUUUUAUAUACUCAGUUUUAUAAGGUGAUACUUUUUAAAUAAGUGUUUUAAUGAAAAUGGUUAAACUGAAAAUAAUUUUGGUCCUUAAAAGGAGUCAGGAGCUUUUAUAUAUAAGGUACAUAUUUUAAAAGAAUACCUCCUUUGUAACAGGGUUUUACAGACACUACCAUAAUUUAUAAUCAUUAUUUUUUACUUUUGGGUUCACCUAGAUCAUAUGAGUUGAUAUGAUACUUCUAGAACAAAAUUAUUCAUAAUGUGUUUUUUGUAAUUUAUGAUUGUUAAGUAAGCUUGACUUAUAAAUUGACAUUGUAAUUUUGUACAUAAUUGGAUAUAUGUGUUAAAAUUUAACAUUUAGAUUUACUUAACUGUAGAAAAUACAAAUGUAAAACUUACACAUGGAAAGAACUGUAUGCAGUUGACUUUACUAUGUAAAUUGAAGGGAAACAAAGUUUUAGAUCCAUUUUCUUUCAAAAUUUUCUUUAUUGUAAAGUAUGCAAAAUAUAUAUUCAUACCAUUUAUUAAAUCAGAAUGUUUAUACAAAAUUGUCAUGUUUGA